AAAGAAAACAGACGAAGCUUGAUAAGAUGGCUUCGAGAUCACUUUUUGCGCCGCUAAGACGGCUUAAUACCCGUUCGCAACACCGGACCUUCUCUACAACUGCCCCCACCGCUGUCAAAAAAGAAAAACUCCUCCAAGUCCAACUCAUUGCCCCCCAUCCAACCCUUGGCGCCGCCGGCUCCAUCGUCAAAGUUCCACCCGGCCGCAUGCGCCAAGUUCUCUUCCCCCAGGGUCAAGCCGCGUAUCUGGUUCACGGCCAACCGUUGCCGUAUGAUGCGAAGAGAUUUGAGGAGCGGGAGAGGAGGCAGAAUGAGAGGCUGGAGAUGGAGGACGCAGAGCGGGCGGCGAAGAAGGAGGAAUGGGAGAGAGAGAGGAGGAUCAGGGAUUUGGAGGUGUUGAGGGAGAAAUCGGGAUCUGAACUCGUUUUCCAUCGUCGAACCGUCAACUCUGAGUCUAGGAUUGGCCCUAUCCACGGUUCUGUAACCGCGAAGGAUGUGGUGGCGGAGAUUAUGGCGUUGACGGAUGCCGUCGUCAGCGAACAUGAUGUCUCGUUCUUUGUGAAUGGGAAGGAGGUGGAUAGGGUGAGAGAGAUCGGCAAGGCUGCGGUUAAGGUGGCGGUUGGUAGUGAGGAUACGGUGAGGGAUGUUAUUGAGUUUGUGGCUGUUGUUCAGCCUGAGGGAGAGACUGUCAAUCAGGCAUGAUCUAGGGUGAAUCCGCGGACUAGGGGUGUGGAAGGUGUAUAGAUCAUGAUUGUCAUCGAGCAUUGGCCAAGGAGCGUGUUACGAAGCGCAAAGAUUCAAAAGCAUAUGGAGGAAUGAAUAGUGUUCAAUUCAAGCAGUUACCUACCUG